AUGUCUGCAGAACCGCCAAAACAAACAAAAGAAGAUGUCUUCGUCAAAGUGUACAGUCUCACCACAUCACCCAAACAGGGUCAAGAUGGGGAUACCUCUGUUGCUAUCGGCCGCAUGGCAGUCACAACACUCAAAUUUGCAGACGAUGCUUCAACAUUUCAGUCCCGUAUUACGCUGGCAGAUAUCAGGACCAAGAUAAACGAAGCUCUGAGUAGCGAACAAACUUUCAAGUUUUGUGCCGACGAUUGUUCUCUUGUUCCUGAAGAUGUCACUCUCAAGACAUACAAGCAGAUGAUGCGUAGUAGUGCCAUGCGCGAAGCCAAAAUCGCUACUGUUCUCAUCGCGCCGACCUCUGAGCCUGCUUCCAGCCAAGGCACUGCCUUGAAGGAUUCUUUCAUCAUGAAGUUUAUCCAGCUGGGAAAUAAACCUGAAGAUGCCAAGAAUGUCGGGUCUUUGCAUGCAUCGGCUUUCAAAGGCAAAGAUCCGUCUACAAUGAUCUUGGGAGAAUUGCGUCGACUAAUUGGGAAGAUGUCGGCGGACCCAAAAAUGCACACGUUCUGUUCCCUCGAUGGGACAGCAGCUGGAGAUGAACUGACCUUGCAGAAGUACCUCGCUCUCGAUAACGCAAAAGUUCACCCGUCCGAUGGCACACCAGCCAUUAUAAUACGUUAUCGAAGUAGUGAUGCAAACGUCUCUGCCGCUGCUUCCAAAUUCCACGGCGCCAGCCAAGAUGUUUUGCAGACUUUGGAUCAGAUAAAGCCCGACCUCAAGUUCAAAGACAGAUCGGCAGAGGAAAUGCAUGUGGACACGAAAGCUCUACAGGUCCAGGAGAGUCUCAGAGCAUCGGACAUUGCGGCGCGUGAAGCAUCCCCACUCAAAUACACGAGUCAAAUGGACGAAUCCGAUUGGGACUCUGUACUAAGGAACUGUUGUUUACUGUAUGGUUGGAAAGUCGACAAAAGGACAAGUAGUAUUGUAAGAGCCACAACCCCAGCUUUCCGACUCAAAAACAAAUUGUCCCUUAGGCCAGUAGUUGCUCCUCCUCCUCCUGCUCUUCCACAGCAAGGAACCACUCCAGAAACUCCUGCGAAUACGUCCGUUGCUUUAAGCUCGAAUGCUCCAAAGGCCCCAGAGACAUCAAAAGAUGUGGCUGCUGAAGCAGUAGCAACUGGAGGAGCGGUUGAAACACAAACUCCGCCGAUCGAGGAUGAUGUUAAAACAGCCGUCGCAACCGAGAAGCCACUCACCGCAGAGGAUGUUGAAGCACCCAUUCCGACAAAGCUUGGAGCCAUUCCGUCAUAUGCAAUCAAUGAUAGAUCUCGAAUCGAGAUUACAAUGGUCAGCAACGAAUUCCAGGAAUCCAUGGCCCGGAACCAUUUCGGUGCGUCGUCAGUGGAAGGCUCAGCAUCUGGGGGAUGGAGCGGAUACUCGGUCGGAGUCACAGGCGGUGCUGCCAAAGAAGAUGCGUCAAGCGGAAACAAGACCAAAAAAGGCUACGCAAAGAGAAUGAUUGGAAGCUACAUGUUCCCUCGCGUUGAUGUCUUCCUGAGACCAGAAGAUCUAGAGCCGACCGAAGAGCUUCGGGUAGCUCUUGAUGGCAUCAAGCAGACUAAGAAUAUCAACGCGCUCCGGGAGCUUUAUAGCACUUUCGGACACCUAUUCUGUCAUUCAGUCACUCUUGGAGGCUGCCUUCAGACUACCAAGGUUGUUGAGAGCGAUGAAGAUGUUCAACAGAGCAAGGAUAAGGAGUCAUUCAAGGCACAACUUGGAGUUGCUGUUUCCACUCCAUUCGGGGCUAAGGGAAACGUCAAAGGGUCUAAGGAGAGCCAGGAUAGUUCAGAAGCUUUCAGCAGAAGUGCGAGAGCGAACGAGAGCAUGGCAUUUGAGGCUACUGGUGGCAAUUCGAUCCUUGCAGCAGACCCGCCGGCCUGGAGUGGCUCUGUCGCAAACUUCAAUAACUGGCGUAUCAUCGAGCAGACCGAACUAACACCAAUUGUUGACGCUAUCUCAAAGAUGGCUGGCUAUCGCGAAACUCGGUCGUGGUUCUUCGCCGCGGUCCCUAAACUCAGUGAGUACAUGGUAAUUCCCGAAUCAAGGAUGCUCUAUGUUCGCUUCAAAGUCGCCAGCCAGGAUGAGAGUUUUGGCGUCAUAUCUCAGAAGAAGAUACCGGCCUAUCUAGGACAUCACCCAAACAAGUCAGUAACCCCAGUUCGCACGAAUCUUCGAGUACCAGAUCGACAACCUAAAGAAGCCUUCAAAGACGGGCCAUUUGGGCUUAUUGGCGACAUGACCAAGAUAACGGCUCAGAAUCCUGGUUCCGCUACCACUCCACUCUUUGAGCCAAGCAGGACUCAAGCGCCAAUCCUGCUCUUCCCUUCCGCGGUAGAUCUCGGCACCAAGACCGAUAAAACGUUCAGCCAUGCGGUCUGGCGGCUGGAGAUUGCCAGGGGACAUAGCAUCGGCCCUGAUACCUUGCUUUGCAUUAAAACAGCGGCGCUGCCGAAUGCCGAUCUAGCCUUGACAGUAUACCGUAAUGCUCAAGGAGUAUUCCUCCCAUCAAUUAGUAGCACGGAUGAGCCCUGCUAUUGGCGACUCGAGACUGUGGAAACAUCUGGAAUAUCCAAAAUGAAAGGGGAUCGGUACAAGUUCGGCGACUCCUUCAGACUUACCUGGUCUUUCUCCGAUCAAACUAGCGGCUUCCGAGACUUUGUCGAUGAUUCAUACGGUCGACGCAACCUAAAUCGUCCUUCUGAAAUGAAGAGCGACAAGUUAUGCUUCAAGGUACCCUUCCCACGGUUCGAAAGCAUGUCAUCAGAUUACAUAGCACUACUCAUGUCGACUGCCUUGACAACUGAUCCUAUCAUUGAUAAGAUCAAAGUGCUCGAUGGAUUCAACCAAGAGAAGCCGUAUGAUUUCCAUGAUCUGACGUUUCGGGUUGAUCUGGUUGGUAAUGAUGGUAACGGCGAUAAGGAUGACUACGCAAAUCUUGCGACGACGAGCUGGCAGGAGUUGGAUCAGAAACUUUCAGCCGGGGAGAAGUUGUUGAGUAACAUGCUUGGACCUUCCCCAACGGUUAUUGAUGGCGUUUUGGGGGGUAUGGAGUUUACCCGCUGGUGA